GGUAUAAAGCCAGCAAGCUUUGAGAAAGUUACUGAUCCUGAAAUUAAGGAGAUAAUUGGGGAGUGCAUAUGCAAAAAUAAAGAAGAAAGAUAUGAAAUUAAAGAUUUAUUAAGCCAUGCCUUUUUUGCUGAAGAUACUGGGGUAAGAGUGGAACUUGCAGAAGAAGACCAUGGUAAUAAAUCCUCUAUUGCCUUAAGACUCUGGGUAGAAGAUCCUAAGAAACUUAAAGGAAAACCCAAAGAUAAUGGAGCCAUUGAGUUUACUUUUGAUCUGGAGAAGGAAACUCCUGAUGAUGUUGCACAAGAAAUGAUUGACUCUGGAUUUUUUCAUGAAAACGAUCUCAAGAUAGUUGCGAAGUCAAUACGUGACAGAGUAGCAUUAAUACUAUGGAGAAGAGAGAGAAUUUGGCCUAGGAUGCAGUCAGAGGAACGUCGGGACUCUGAAUGUCUGGAGAAGUUGAAGAUGCCACAUGCACAGCAGGUCCAGGUCACCUACCUUUCCCACACUGGUCAUCACAUCCUGUCAGAGUCAGAGGAGCCUGAGGCAGACCAGCAUCCCUUUCAGCAAAACCUGCCCACAAGUGUUACAUCUGUUGCAUCCGACAGCACAUUUGACAGUGGCCAGGGGUCCACUGUUUAUUCAGACUCCCAAAGCAGCCAGCAAAGUGUCAUCUACUCAUCUCUGCCUGAUCCAGUACCUCCUGCUAUCCAGCGGGUGUAUAGCCCACCGCUGAACGAGAGCCAGGCUGUGCCCCAUAGCCUUCAGCAGCUGGGACACUACCAGCAGCCCUCAGGACCUGGCCUUCCUGCCGUUCCAGCUGCACCCACUGUGGUGUCCCAGCGGCCCCAGCACUACCAGGAGCCAGUGAUGUCCUUCCCCGUCGUCCAGCCCACCACGGUUGCCUCCCUGCAGCUGGGGCAGCCGCAGCCAGUGCUGGCUGGACAGCAGAUUCCUCAGUUUCCUGUCAUUCCUGCAAUUACUCCUCUGGCAGGACUUGACAGCCUUCCUCCAAACCUCUCUGAUAUACCUGCUGCAAACGUGCCCCCCAUACCUGCUCCUUCUCAGUAUUUUGCUCCAGCCGUGAUUUUACCCAGCCUCCCCAUGAACCCCACUCUGCCUAUGGCACCAAACUCCCCUGCCCUCCCCAUGCAGGCCGUCAACCUUCCUCAUACCACCGUGGCUUCUUUGGUCUUGCCCUGCCAAACGAUAGUGCCAAACAUGUCGGCUGCUACGAUACCGCUGCUUGCUGUGGCUCCGCCAGGAGUCCCAGCUCUGCCACCACACCAUGGGGUGCCCCAGCUCCCCCAGCAGCAGGUAUACCAGACCACUUUCCAGCAGAUCAUCCAGAGCGAAGCUCCCUCUCCCCACCACGUGCAGGGCACGCCAGCGGUGUCCCAGCCGCAGCAACCUCCACCUCCUCCGUCACUCCAGCCAAGCAUAAUUCAUCCCCCAGACCAGACUCUGCCUGCGCCCGGGGCUGCUCACCAG